AUGACUUCUUUUCUCAUUUUAUUAAUUUUUAUAGCUGAAAUUUGACUGCCUAAAGAAAAUCUGAAAAAAAUUGCUAUAUCAAUUCUUUUUUCAGUAAUCAAUAAACUUGGGAAAAUUUUCAUUGAACUAGAAUUCCAGCUGAUAUUUAGCAAAAUCAUGCACAAAUUAGAUUUAUUAAGGGUCUCAAUAACGCCCAUUACUAAUUGACCCACACGGGCUUCCGUCCUUACUUCUGAAUUUUCUUGUCCACCAUAGAUUCGUAUACCACCUGGCUUGUCCUUAAAUGAUUCUUCAGCUUCUGGCGUUCGAUUUUUGAUAGCUGUCCUUUCGGCUCUGGGAUUUUAGCAUAGUCUACCUGCCAAAAAUUUGAAUUUCUGGCCCACUAUUGGCAAAGAGGUCAAAAUUUAAGUCUAAGGCAUAGCUCCCAGUUUUUUUACUCUGGGGAAUUGCUCGAACAGCCUACUAGGCAUUUCUGGACUUCCUCUUUCCAACUUCUAACCUUUCCUCCCACAAAGCAAAAUCCAUUCCUAAAAAAAGGACUCGUGCUAGUAGGAUCCGAACUCUACUGGAAUUGCUUUACUUGCAUUUCUGUCCAUUUUGGGUUAGCAAAAUCUUGUUGAUAUAAUUAAAUAUGUGUUUGAAGCUGCAUGGCCAGGAGGCCAUGCCCUGGCCGAGACGCCACAUUUGAUUAUCAGGCAAAAUCAUACCGAAUAUUGAAGUAAAGUCCACAUCAUUAAUGAUUCGAAUUUUUUAUACCAAUAAAGUGAUGAUAAAAUAUUACUCCAUAAAAUUCAAAAAUAUGAAAUUAUCAACCAAAUAUUCAUUCUGCUAUAGUUAUAAGGUCUUUGUUUAA